CACAUUUCACGUCCAUCGGCUGCGCCGCUGUCGGUGCGUGGCCUGCGGUGUGUGCACUCCGCUAACAACAAUUUCAGUGCGGCGCGUCGCUGUGCAUCGAAGUCGGUAUUAUCGGAUGCAUCGGUGCAUCGGUAGUCAGCACGCGGUUUUCGUAGUUUCGUAGUCGUAGUUGCAGUUCCAGUGACUUCGUUGUUGCAACAUUGUGCGCGAUAACAGCCGAAAACUCACAUUUAUUCAUAGUGCCAAAUAUAAAACUGAUAAAAACAAAGUUUACGUUUGAUAUACGAAAGAAAACAAGUUAAUGAAAUGCGUUUUGGAUGUGUUUGCUCAAUUUUUUGAAGGAGUUUUUGAAUCAAAACAAUGUUUUAAGGUGGAAAGUGCAUAAAGUGCGAGUGGAAUAUUUCUGAGGUGGUAGAAUAAAAUUUAGCGGCCACAUGCACACGAGGUCCGGAAAUUGUGCGACCUUUGUAUAUUCACAUCACAGAUGAACCCACGUACAGGGGAUUUAUUUUAAUAAGAAAUUUUAAUAAAAUGGCUGCAAUGACAUCGUCCACACAACUUCCUUCCACAUCAAAAUCGAAUUUCAACGAUUCCACAUCACUUUUGAUUAAUUUCGAUGCAUUAGAAGAUGGUGAUGAUGAAGAUUUGCAAACGCAUGUUGAAGCACUCAAUGUCUUACUGCAAUUGGACCAAAUAUUGAAUGAUUGCCUGAUGGAAGACGGUGAAGUGAUGGAUGAUAUGAACAGCACGACUAGUUUUAUUCUGAACAACACCAGCGACGUCAGUCAAGCGUUCAGCGAUGAUUUCGUUCAAUUCGAUCGAAACGUUUGUUCCACAUCCGGUCAGAUGGCAACCCAAACAACACGAAGUCGUAGCAGUAGUUGUAGUACAAGUAGUCGUAGUAGAAGAAACUCAAAGUCUGAUUCCGAUCUAAGGUCAAGUUCAGGGAGUAUACAAUUGUCGAUUGAGGAAUGCCUAAAUGAUUUAGACGAAUAUUUAAGAAGUUUUGAUGUGGAGUCUUUGGAUUUGAGUAGUCAUUUGAAUGCGUUGGGCAAGCGUGAAAGCCUAACGACCUUAACGCGCUCGGCUUCUGAUUGUCGUUCACGCUCCGCGGAGUUAAUUAGAAACCACGCGUUGCGCGCGACAAUCGCAGCGAUUAAGCACAAUGCGAGUCAAACGAGGCAGCGCGUGCAGACAAAUGGCACACCUGGAGGAAGUGUCAUCAACCCUCCUUUGAUAGAUACGAGUAACAAGCGGACGUCCGGUAUUCCGGACGUGGUCAUACCGAUCGACUGGAACUGGCUGGAGGGUCAACGCCAGCAACCCGGUGUUGUGAUUGACCACAUGGCAACCAGCAACACUACAAGUUCUGGUUCCAGUGGAGGUGGUGGUGGCGAGCGGCACACGUGGGUCCGUACGUCGAUGAGGCGUUUGGAACCGCUACGAAUCAGUGAUAACGUGAACGCGUCGACGAUGCCACCGGACGGACCCACGCGGCCGAUUAGUGCUCCAUCGAGGAUCACCGUGCAGAACCACGUGGCGCGGAGUAGAUCCAGAUCCAGAGAAGUCCGUGAAAAUUUAACAAGUAGAGAUAGAGCCAGGAGUAGUUCUGCAUCAUCACGAAGUCGUCGAGCGAGGAGUUUAUCGAGUGUUUCCAGCCUCCCUUCGAGUAUUGAUAGUUCACCAAGUUGUACACCGAUUCCUACCAUUUCACAUGGAGUUGCUAAUAGUGUGCCGUCCUAUGAGCAGACUGAUGCCGAAAAUUCAAAUAACAACAAUCGGACAUGCGACAGAUCUCAAAGAAACGACAUGCCGGAAGUGGAAAGUCCACUAGGACAAUGGCCACACAGCAUGAGUUCGACAUUAGCCUAUUUGGGUUGUACACUGGGAAUAUUUAACAUUUCACGAUUCGCCAUCCUGUCGGUACAUUUUGGCGCCAACUUCAUCUUCCAGUUCCUUAUCAUCUCUGUGUGUAUCGGUAUUCCGUUGUUCACGCUGUAUCAGUGUCUGGGACAGCAAUUAGCCGCUGGUGUGAUUGAUAUGUGGCGUAUUUCACCGAUGUUUCAAGGCGUUGGAGUGUCAUUACUCUUCUUCCAAGUACUCACUGGGCUUUACAGCAUUGUGGGCAUUUCAUGGAUGUUUGUGUACUUCCGGGAUGCGUUCGUUACGAAAUUCGAACGCUAUCGAUGGGCUGAACCUUUUAUAUACUAUCGAAACGAAAUUCAACUUCCUAUAAAUGGAUCUUACAAGUUAUCAGAAACAAUCCCGGAUUACCUCUCCGGAGUAGUAUUUCAACGUCAUCAUCUAGUUUCCGGAAAUGCCUACGGAACGAUCAAGUUUCAGCCAGCGUUCAACUUGGCUGUUGUCUGGAUGAUUGUUUUCGUUUCGUUGAGUAAAGGUUUGAGAUCGUAUGGGAAAGUUAUCUACGUCUUCACUCUGAUGCCUAUUUUUGGCAUGGUUAUACUUUGUACCAAACUUUUGGGUCUUAUGCCCACGGAUGCUGUAAACAACAUCUUUCCGGAGACUUCAUGGAAUGAAUUUUUUAUCAACUCCAGAAGUUGGAUGGCAGCCUGUCAGGAAGCAUUCCUUACCUGGGGAGUGCUGGGCGCUGCUGUGAUGCAGAUUGCUUCGCACAAUAAAAACAAGAAGCUGCUGCAGCGUGAUUCUAGUCUCAUUUCCUUCAUCACAAUCACCGUUCUGGUGCUGGCUGCGUUUUUGGCCAACACUUGUGUUCACAUACUAAAAAUGCACGGGUAUAUCUAUCAACCGGAUUCAUUUGAAAAACUCUCAACCUACACCUUCCUGCGUCACGUCAGUGAACCCCUGCCAGCCAGCAUGGCCGCAACACCUGUCAGAUACAUGCAUCACCAUUCAUUUAUUCUCGGCGAUCGAGUUACGCGUCCCGGAAUCGAUCCGGCGACGGAAAGCGGCUAUCAAGUACUACGUUUUGCUACCGAAUUAAUCCCAACCACAUUCUCACUCCUUGGCACCGAAAAAGUGUCUCCAUUUUGGACUGUCCUCUUUUAUUUCGUCCUAAUCCUCUUCGGUAUCGCACAACAAUUAGCAAUUUGGCAUUGCGUCAUCACAGGAAUAAUGGCAAUCAAAGCGAAACUCCUCAAAUCAUGGGAAACGACAAUCACGUUCUUCAGUUGCGCUUGUGGAUUUCUUCUGGGUCUUCCAAUGACCACAGAAUAUGGCAUUUACGUUGUGUAUUUCUUAGAUAUGACAGUUGGGGGUAUUUGGUGGGUGAUUGUUGUGAUUUUAUUACAAAUCAUCGCCGUUUUUAUGGUGCGUGGGCGUCCGUACAGCGGUGACAUGUUGGUCACAGCACUUUUCCGGAAAAACGGACCUGGACAAUGGGUAUCAUUACCUGUCAUAUUAUCAUUUAUAUGGAAUGUUGUUCUUCCGGUUGUAUUAAUGGUUUGGUGUAUAACCUUCUUCAAAAACGGCAACUUCCGGGAACUGUUCAUAUGGCAUCAUGGCCCCUCCUUGGAAUACUGGCCAUUGUGGGCCAGGCAGGUCGGGUCACUUAUUCAACUGCUACCUGUGCUCGGGGUGCCUUUCAUCGCUGUCAUUCAAAGUUAUCGAUAUCUGAACAACGGCCCCAAUGAUAUUCUAGAGGAUUACGAGACAACUGACUACCGCAUUCAGUUAUUGUACAGACCGCCACUUGGUGAGCACAUGGAUGAUCUUGCAAUCCAGGAGGCGGCUGCUGCCUCAAUGAACAACAAUACCAACACAACUAAUACAGUCUCAGAGGACCCACCACCGAAAUAUACACCACCUCCAAGUUAUACCACUGCAACAGGCGCGCGUAUUGCUAAAUUAUUAAGACAGAGUUUUCGACGAAGCGUGCGACGCAUUGCUAAUGUCUUAGGAGAAGCAAGCGGUACACGAAAUCGUACUCAGACAGAUUCAGGUGCGCAAACAACUCAACCACCUCCACCAGAUUAUCACGACGUGCUUGUUGAGAUGCAUCAAAAUCGAGAUGUUGCUGUUAAUAUCCCUGAAACACGAGAUAGAAUGAUACAACGUGAACUGGCGACGAUUGCCACCUCCAGCACGGGAUUAACCGCCGCCGAUGUGGCGUGUAUCUUAAGGAGUAGUUUUCGUAGAAGUACAGUGCGUACACUACGAAGAGAUGCUCAGGCUGACACGACAAUGGCGUCGCUGAGUGCGGAGAAUCUGGUGGAUUCAGCGGCGCCCAUCGGCGAGACGUCGUUGGUACUGCACAGUACCAACAAUGAUAAAGACGAAUCGACUGUGAUAUAGGCAUUUAAGUAGCUUAGUUAUUUAACGUUUUGUAGCUAGCGACAUGUUUUCGUUGUAGUUAACUUCCCGUUGUACAAGGUAUUUUCCUACUUUUUAAAUUAACCAAAUACGAGUUAGUUAACACCAACUAAUCAACAUAUUAAUGGUGAUUCCACAUCAAACGAAUGAAUUAACAAAAUUAUUCACAGAAAAAAAAACGUAUGAAUUAUGAAUGGAAUUUUUGGUUGUGUAUAUAAUUAAAGAACUGAUUUUAUAAUACAUAAGUAAUGUGUGUUGAA